GAUUUUGGCGCGCCAAAGCAGCUGUUGUGUUUUACCUGAGUCUUCAUAAAUAUUUUAAUUUAAUUUCUUAUACUCGACUGAAUAAUGCCCAGUGCCAUGGAUCUGCCGAAAACGCCCGAUGAACUAGUUGCCCAGCAUAGUGGCAGCUCCGAGCUGAAGGACCUGCUCAAGGAUCCCAGUCGCUGGCACUCGAUUCCAAUUCUCAACUACACGCCAAUGCACAAACUGAAGGAUCAGACUUUAGUGCGGUUUCGCGGCAUGAUUCAGGACAUGAUGGACCCGGAGAUUUACCUGGAGCGCUAUGAGGUGAAGUCUCCAGAUGGCAGCCAACACCUAAAGGAUGGAAAGUACAGGGACUGCUUGAAGAUGGCCACCGGAGAGGAGAUCGACUAUAAUGCCGAGGGCAACAUACACGGGGAGAGACGAACCAUGUUCGUGGUUUCUGUGCCGGGCUUAAAUAAUUGGAGCAGGGAACAUGAAAAACAGUGUUGCCCGCAGAUCGAGUUGAUCAACCUUGCACAAUCCCCCAGUUCUGCUAAAAAACGCACAUUAGACGAACAAGAAUCGAUGGAGGUAGACGGAGCCGACGAAACCAUCUUCAAACGGCCAUGUAUGAAGGAGAUCCAGCCGGAUGGGGAAAAGGUGGGUAACACAAAAUCUACCGUUCUCGGCUCAGAGUACCUGCUUAAUUCCCCCCUGCCUGGACGACCCAGCAUGGCCUGCAUGGUAAAGGUUUAUGAAGACUUCGACACCUAUCAGCUUAACUCUGUAGUCGACUUUGUUGGCUUCCUAUCAGUGGACUCCUCGCUGGAUGCAGCUACCUUGGAGAUAGAUGAUUGUGAAAACUUGAGUGAACUGCAGGCAACUCACCCAUCGCCGUUUCUCAUACCCCGGCUACAUGCCUUCGGCGUCCAGAUACUGCCGCACUCCAAUCCGCUACUAGACAAAAGCCUGCGACAGCCAAUUGAGCAAUGUGAAGAGGCGUACCCAUCACAGUUGGCAGUGCACAAGGAUCUGCGCAUGCUUCUCAAAUUAUGCUUGUUUGACGACGAUCUGGCUGCAGAGUAUAUGCUCUCCCAUUUAAUUUCAACGGUAUACAGCCGUUCCGAAAUGCAGAGCAUCGGAAAGUUUGCCCUUAAUCUAUGUAAUCUGCCUAAGGAAUGUGUGGAGUUCUCAACCAAGCUGUACGAAAUUCUGGAGCUUCUACUGCCUGCGAGCCAUUACCUGCCCAUGACUCUGGAUACGUUAAACACGGCAGCCUUUGCUCCAAAGAAGGACUAUGAGACCAACAAGCUGGUCUCGGGUAUUCUACAGUUGGCGCCCCAUACGCAUCUCAUACUCGACGAGACGUGCAUGCAACAGGGAAAGCUGGAGGCGAAUGGCGUUUAUGCCGUCCAACAUUUGGCUCAUCUGAUCAACAACCAGGAGCUAAAGUGCGACUUCCAGUAUUACCAAAUAGACUACCAAGCAAAUAUUCCGGUUCUUGUUCUGAGUGAAGGGCGAAGUAUGUUACCGAGUGACUUUGUAAUGCCCAUUAAUGCCGAUGCUAAGGCCGUCGAACUUUACAGUGAAUCUCUUAAGGCAGCCCAUCACUACCUGAAACCGUCUCGCCUUCAGCAGUUUCGUAAGUAUUUAACUACAGCACGGAUUAGCAGCUUUAGCGUCAGCGAGGAACACACUGAAAUGAUCCAGCAGGACUUUGUUGACAUGCGGAAGGCAAACGUAAAAAGUAAUGCUGACGAUUUACAUGGAUUACUGGUCCUUUCUCGGCUGCUGGGCAUUGCCCGCGGGAAGGAGACGUUAGACAAGGAAACAUGGCAGCUGGCUACCGAGUUCGAGGCUAAACGUCGCCAGCGCCUUCAAUCCCUACCGAAAUCAGCUUCCCAAACGCGUAAUUAAUUUUGGAUUUUAAGCAUUUAUUUGUAUUACCUUAAGUUAUAAUCAGUAUAUAAGGAUGAGCUCCCAAAAACCAAAUGGAUCCUACACCAUAUUACUUUUUAUGGGUUACUAUUUUAAUAAAUUAUGCCACUCAAAAAAGUAUUAGGCCUCUGAUACCCUAG